AAAGAAAAGAAAACAUUGCCCCGAUCGACCGUACUCCUCCCUAGUUAGUUCCCGCUUCUUGACGACGCGAGGGAGUCUCACUGACAGUUUUGCUUUGCUAGUCGGAUUUCAUUUGUUGCGACAACGGCGCUUUGGAACUAGCGAGAGUGAACAGAAUAAUUGAUGAUGCAUUGUCAACUAACGUUGUGAGCAAGGGGUUUGGUUUCGAUUACUAGUAGUACCCUGAUCGCAUUGCCUCCCAUUCAUACCCAUAUAUAUAGCCAUAGCUACGAUCAUCAAGCAAGAGCACUGCUUACUUACGAACAUAGAACAUAGACGACCUCUGGUGACGCUGAAGACGGGCAACGCGUCCUGUGCCGUAGCCGCUCUGCCUAGUGCCUGUGCCAGGCAUCGCCAAGCGUCGUCAGGGCCGUGGUGACUUCGGCGCUGUUGCCGUGUCGGCAGCGUUACGCAGCUUCGCUUUCCGGUCGCUAGCUGGAGAUCUCGAAGCACCUGAGCUGAGGUGAGGUGAGGCCGUACACCUGAUGCCAGUGGCAGUGGUGAACGUGUUGCACCUGUGUUCCCUAUCCCGACAUCUUGGCGACACUGAGACAGUACGGAAGCGGCGAGGGCUGUACUGGUCGAGGCAGCAGCGGUGGGAGCAAGUCCCAUGCACCCCGCCAUUGACCAAUACUCUCUCAGGGCGUGGAUACUAACGUUACACGUUUGUAGAAAUCAAAACUAAGUACUAGUACGUACUUGAGAUAGAAUAAUUCUGGUGUUCAUCGGUGACGUCAUCGCUUGAGUCACCUCUACUUGAUAUACCAGGCAGAAGGACGGACCAUUCAGCUGUAAAUACCUAGAAUGGUCUAGUGAUCUCAUAGUGCGGCCAAACAGACAAGGCGACUACAGCUGGUUGUUCAACGGGUCCUCUGCCCGACACAUCACCAGCACAGUGAGUGAGACUACACACAUCGGAGCGGUGGCAGAAGCGACGGCGGAGGCCGCAGCAAGAUGUCCAAGAAGCAGAAGCCGGGGAAGGGCGCGGCGGCAGCCCCGGCCGGUCCCCCAGCCGGCUGGGAUACCGCUCUGUUGUCAGCUGCGGUCCAGGAGGGCUUGAGCACAUUCUUCUCGUGCGCUGCGCCACUGGAUGCUGAAGAUGGCACUGCACUGACGGAUCUGCUGUGCACGGCCGUGCGCGACCGGAAGCUGCGACGUCGCUUCCAGUCCAUCAGCAGACAGGACAUCAUCAAACUUGCAACGGUGGGGUUGGACAGUCUCAAGGAGCCGCGUCGGCCGUCGCAACCGCAAGCGGCCGUGGAACCGACGCCCAGCAAGCCCGGCGGCCGUGCCAGCAAGACCGGCCGCGCAAGCAAAGCUCCGAAGCAGGCGGCGGGCGACAAGCCGGCGUUUGCGGAGGCAGUGGAGUACGCCCAGCAGCAAAUGACCUCCAAGGGCGCAAUCGACACGGAAAUGGAGGUGCGACUUGUCAAGUUCCUCUUCCUCUACCGAAAGAAGGAGUACAUGCAGAAGAGACAGGAAAGAAAAGCGCUGUACAGUGCUAGACAGCGGACGGUUCCUGACGCAGCACCCGCACCAGCCAAAGGGAAGGGAAAGGGAGGAAAGGAGAAGCCACCCGCAGGUGGAAAGAAGUCCAGCAUGAAGGAGUCUGCCGGCAAGGCAAGCCCAGCCGCAGCGCCACCGCCUCCGCUCAAGAUGUACAGCGACAUGAAGACCAGGCAGGAAGAAGAGCAGGAUGCAGUUGCAGCCGAUGACGAGCCAGAAGAUGGCCCUGAUUACUACAUUGUCUUCACUGGUUUUCAUGAGUCACUGCACUUCUUCGCCGAGCUGAGCAAGGUGGGCAUUCACUGUGAUUUACUGGUUGAGCUCCGGAAGGCUGACAACGAUGAAGCUGCCCACCUAGAUAGCAAAAACACGUUACUUGACUGGGAGAGCGGUGGUGACCGCAAGAGACCCGCAACGACUAAAGAAGAAACUCUAAACGAGGAAGAACAAGAAGAAAGGCGAAACCGUCUAGCACAGCAGAAAUCUACCAUUGAUCGGUUCUGGCAAGAGACACGUCACACCGUUAAUCAAAGCGGCUCAUCAGAUCCACUGCGUGAUAUGACCUGGAACUCCCUUUUCAAUGUUGCGGAUGUAAAAGAUCUUAGCGAGGAAGCGGAGGCGGAAUUUCAAAAGCAAGUCUACGACGAAUAUGCAAGGAUUGUUUUCACUGUCGUUGAAGAGAAGCAGCUACACAAACACUACCUGAAUGCACUGGCUGCAGCUAAAGUGCCUCGGCUGACUCCGGCUGUGCAUGUUGCCAAGCCAAAGCAGCUACUCAGCUCCGUCUAUGCCACGGAGGAGAGCGAUAUCUUCAACACCCCCACGGACGUCUACAGGCGCCUGUUAAACAGUGUUCCGGUCGAGUUCACGUCUGUGCCGAUCAUCAUGCACUGCAUGCUUGAACAGGUUUGUCAUACACUGGACACUGACAGCAGUCGGCAAGAACGACAGUCCAAGAUGCCGCCAAUCGAGAAGGACUUUGAAAGCACAUUCAUGACCUCGCUACUUGACACAAUGGCGGACAAUGUGCCAGCGAAUACAACAAAGAGCUCGUAUAAAGAUGAACGUGACAGUUCAAGUAGCAGCGGAGCGACGAGCGUUUACCACGGCGGAGACACCGCCACGCAACGACAGGAGCAGCUGACUGUUCCAACUGGCUUUGACAUGAUUGCUGCUGAGAAGGCUGUUCAGUCGUUAUCGCCCCUUCGCUACCUGGUCACCACACCACUGCGAUGUCCACGCGACCAGGACCGGAUCGGUGCCCGCCUGCAGCAGAUAGAAGCUACGGUGGGCCGCGGCAGUUUUGCUACACGAUCCUCGUUUCUGCAUGCACUCCAGCAGCUGUGUUUGGAGGGGCUCGUGCCUCGUAUGAGCAAGCUCCUCUCACACACCGUCAAUGCUGCAUCAACUAUAUGGGCCGAUCCACUGGCGUCUGUGGCGAAACUGGAAGAUCAGGAAGCAGCUCUGACAGGGGAUCUGCCCAUGAACGACUGGUGUGUGUCAAGAUUCCAUCCGAACACGCCGGCCCUACUCCAGGUCCUGGAAGAUGCAUAUCAACAGUAUCGCUGCUGCACUGUCGCCGAUCUACAGUCGCUGCAGAGCCGCCUGGUCUGCUUCCAUGACGGCAACGUGUCGCGGAGUGAACUGCUGGUCCCGUUGUCCAACAAAACUGUACUGAAGACUCCAGUGCAGUUUUCCAACUUCCGGACAGACUUUCUAGAACCCCUCCGUGAACGGCUCACGGUCGAAGUCAAACGUGCUCAAGCUGAGAAGACGGGGCUUGUAGCGCAGAGAGAAGAAGCAGCAAAGAAAGAGGCUGAAGAGCGGGCUGCUGCAGAAGCAGCGGCAGCAGCAGCUGAGGCGGAGACAAGUGCCGCCAAAGGUCGCAAGACACCAGCAAAAUCCCGGGCAGCUAGCAGCCAAAGCGGCCCCGGAUCGGCGACCAAGGCUGGAAAGUCAGCAAGUAAGUCGGGAGCAGUGCUGUCACCGCCUGACAUUCCCGAAGCAGCAACUGAACAAGAGCCGGAUUUACCGCUGAGGAAGGUGUUCUCUGGCUGUGAUUUUGGUGAAGACUCCAUAGUUCAGCUCAUGGAGGACUACACUGUACUGACGGCGGACAAGGUGGACAGCAUCUGUAUUGGCGAGCAGUGCUUUGAGGAUGGCAACCAACACUAUUGUGUGAAGGUGCGCAGUGGAACAGAUGUUUACAGACUUCACCGAAUUGCUGCCAAGGAACCGAGUGUACCAGUCGCCAGCCCUGAGCCACAUCCGACGCAUCAGCCUCCACCUGCGGACCAGAAUUCCGAGCCAGCACAAGCUGGAGAAGCAGCGGAUGUGGAAAUCACCAUACAAGACGAACCCGACAAGAUGGCGGACGAGUUUGAUGCCCUGCCCAAGCCAAAGGAAGCCAGCUGUCUCUUCAGCAGCUUUCAAGCUGAGAUUAAUGGGCUGAACAUUGCUGGAAGCUGGUAUCCAAAAGGCCGACCACCCUCACUGGAUGAUAAAUUUGCUGAGCAAUUCAAAAGCGUGACAGAUGAGCUGGAGUCGAUUCCACCGACAAGAGCAGUUGAGAGUCCAGUUCCAGACAAGGCUAACGCACAGAAAGGGAAGAAGCAGCAGCAGAUGCAAGCGGAAAUUGAGCGCCUUGAAGCUGAGCAGAAAGCCAAUGAAGAGAGGAGGGAACAGCUGAUCAAGGAUCGACACAGCAUCCUGGCCGCAGCACGCAACGCACGCCUGCGGCCAACAUUCCCGCAGACCUCGGUGUGUCUGAGCAAUGGCCUGCACGUUGCCUUCUCAGUGCAACACUUGCAGCCGGAACAAGAGCUAAGCGAGAAGAGCCUGGACGAGCCGGGAGUGAUCUGCGUGCACCAGCGCUACGUCAUGCCCGGUACUGCAGGCCAAGAGAGACUCGAGGCGGCGUGCUCAAUGCGAGCAGACGUGGAGGAGGCACGGUGCGUCCAUGGCGACGGAAGAGUGGUGGUGCUGAAACGUAGUGGUGACUGUGACAUCCUGUUCCCGGAUGGAUCGACAAUUCACGGUCGCAUUCCACCAGAGCUGACCUUGCCCGACGAGGAGGAGGAGGAGGACGAAGCCAGCUUUUCAGGAAUUCAAAAUCGUACCUUGAAGCGCGAUUGGACGUGGUACAGCUGCGGUGGCAUGAAGUCAACGUGGACGUCAUCAGCAUCGCCAGCCUCGCUAUCUCCGGCAGAUGAAGACGGAACCGUGAAGCCAGCUUCAUUGUACACACAGGAGAUGAAGGUGGAGAAACUGACCAACCCCGAUUCAAAGGAGGUGUCUUAUUUGCUGCCAAGCAAAGUACAAAUCGUCCACAAGCACGGUGGAAAGAAGAUGAUUGCUGCGUUCGUGGACGGCUCAAUGAUCACGACCAGUCGGGAUGGCACGGUGCGUGUCGAAUGUUCAGGCUACCUGCCUGUCUCCAUCCCGUCCAGCCGCGAUCGCAUGCACGUACGCACGGCCAACGGCAUGCGCCUGCAAUGCUCUCACUUUGGCCAGUUCCGCGUGUUUGCGCACACGCGUGGCGCCACGGUGCUGUGCAUGGACGUGAAGUCCUCGGGCAGCCCGGUGGUGACCUGCGGAGAGCACGAGGAAGACGCGCUGCCACCGGCAGUUCUACACGGCGACGGCGAGUAUCUAUGCAGCACCGUGACCGGUGGCCGACGGGUGCACGUUGAUCAACUGGGCCGAGUGCUGGACGAGAAAGGAGAGAAAGAACGCAUGCUGGGCGAGUCUGAUGCGUCGGCAAUGGCUGCCAAGCGAGCGGCUCGCUUCUUCGUCGUGCGUGAUGACGGCAGUGGCGAGGAAAUGCUGACCAGAGAGCGGCUGGACAAAAUCGUCGCCGAUGCCAACACGUCUGACAGUGCGACACAGCUGCAAACCAGCAGUUCCGGCAGUGACGCGAAGGUCAUCACAACCAUUCAGCAGUCGAACCUCACCGCAUCCAAGACCUGGCUUCCUGAGCUAUCGCAGUCCGUGUCGCCAUACGGAACAUUACAGCAUCGCCUGGCGGUGGUGCGGCGGGAACCACUGGCAGAGCGUACUGGCAACACCAAGUACAAUCAUCACACUGGCAGUAUGUAUGGCAAGUCGCUGCGUGUCGGCCCGGUGAUGGUUAAGCCACAAGCAAAGGCCAGCGCACGACCUGACUAUGAUGGCCUGUCGGUGCAACAGUAUAGACAGUACCUGCCUCUGGAUGACCGGGCACGUGACACCAUUGUCGACGCCGUCAGGACGUCUCUACCGUCCUACAUCGAAGACGAGAAACAGCGGCUGGAAGGAAGGGAGCAAACGGUCCCAGAAAUACGGCAGCCAACAAAAGAGCUGCAGCGAUUAUUUGAUAUGUACGUGAAGCCGCCAACCCCACUGUCCGCUGCACAAGUCAAAACUGACUAUGACCAACAAUAUGUUGUCGGCGGAAACAAACCUGCUGACCAAAAUGGAGAUGAUGAGAGUGCAUACGGCCAGACAUCGUCCGAUAGAGCUAUGCAGAAGUCUCAUCUUGAGCGGAGGCGAGAGGAACUGCAAGAGGAGAGAGCCAGGGAGGCAAUGAACCACCGCCGAUGGCGAACAAAGGAAGUUCCGGCUUACUUCCAGAGCCUAGUUGGUCAGCAUGCGUUGCAGGGCCUGGAGCGGGAGCUGAAGGGGAUCGAGGCCGAAACAAAGCCAGACUCGCCGGGCAUGGAGGAGCUGUCUGGUCGCUUGGCUAAAACGCUUCACAUACAUCCAGCAGAGUCGACCCAGCCGGAGCCAGGUGACGACGGUGCUGCUGUUGAAGGCGGCUGCCAUCAACAGCUGGACGAGCGGCCCCUGUCCCAGGAAUCAUUGCAAUCCUGUUCACUGGGGAGUGGCGUAGAUGUCCACAGCAGUGCAAGCGUCAUUGAUAAGCAGCACGUACCCAGUCUUCUCGUUGGAAGCAUAUCCAGUCUAGUUGGCAGCUGUGUUCGCCCAGACAAUCCCACUCCGCUAACAGCAAGUAUGCCAGACGACUCUAGUACACCAACAAACCAUCCAUUCGACGUCUCCAUUGGUCGUGGUGAUUCCGCUAGUUUGUCCAGUCUUGUUCCGCCGCACGCGUCCACUCCGAUGGCAGAUGCAAUGGAUUGUGAUACGCCAACAAAUGUUCCCAUCAUCAUCGCUGACGAGGAGUACGGAUCAAGCCACAGCGUUGACUACGGCGUCCGUCCGCACAACCCAACUCCGCUGAAAGGAGUGUCGGUUGACGGUAGCCAGACAGUGCCCUCGCCCAUCGCCAGGGCGCAUCCUGCCUCUGUCAGCAUGACAGCGGCUGGCCAAGGCAGCAUGCUUACCAGGACAGGCGAUGAUCCAAUCUACCAGGGUGUAUCAACGCCUGGUGGUGAUCCUGGUGGUGAUUCUAUGGUAUCUUGUGGAACGCCGCCGCCUUCACAGCUCAUGACAAGCAAGUACAUGAACGCUGCCGGCCUGCCUCGCAAUGCCCCAGUCCCUACACCAGAAGUGUUGAAACCCAAUCGAGACGGAGCUAAGCGAAACGAGAAGUACCUAGCCACAGAUGGAAGCAUUCAUCGGCGCAUGCACACAUCCUCAGUGCAAGCAGCGGCGGCCAAGCUGAGCAGCAGCGGGCACACCGAGGUGGACAUUGUCAGCAAGCUGCACACGUUUGUCGUUCAGCCGUCGUCGCUUGAUUUCGGCCGCCUUCAGGAAGGCUGCACGUAUCAUCUGUCAUUUAGCUUGAUCAACACGGGUGUCGACUCUGGUCGGUUUCGAAUCAAGCAGCCCCCGCCAGCAACAGGUCUAGCCGCUCUCUACACAACAGACCUGGUUGCAGCCGGAAUGAAGGUGAAUGUUGUCAUGGAGAUAGCAGCCAUGGCAGUUGGUAUUAUUGCUGCCAAUGGCCUGGGCAAAGUGACACACAACCUUGAAAUCAUCACGGAAGCGGCAAUACUCACUCUGCCCAUCACUGCAACUGUCAUACCUCUUGCCGGCGAUGCUGAGACUACGCACCUGGAACAACGGAAGCAGCAGACCUUGAAGGCGAAGCCGGCAUCCAACGUCACGCUGGCAUCGGAUCGUCCGCGAUCUCGUGACGGACUGGGACGGCUGAGAAAGCCCCACUGAAUACGCUGGCGGCCGGAAAGAGGUGACCCCCUGUAGAAGUCAAACACUAAACUGCAGCAUUACACAGAGUGUGUGAAAAGCACACUGCUUGCUGUAGGAUGUGAGCUGGCAAGCAAUGCCAUACCUGUGUGUGCUGGCAUGCAUGUACUGGCAUGCACAUGUGGUUUUGGUUUUGCCUUUUUUAAGUUCGUUCUAUUUUUUGUUUUGUUUUUUAGAACUGUUUGAGUUGAAAUUUUGUGGAACACUUGGGAAAAAAAUUAAUAUUCAUUGUGUUUAUUUUGCCUGUAAAAGAGGCUGUCAUGCAUGUACUGGCCUGCCACUGUGCCAGUUUUUAUAAAUUGAGUGGACGCACUAGCAUUGCCGACGUCUCAUAAUCUCUUUCACGCAGAGUGCUCUAUGCGCGCACAACGGCACACAAGCGACAGUGCAGUGCAUAUGAAAUCACAAUGCUUGAGCCUUUGGCAGCAACGGAUGGUAUCAUGAUGGCAAUAGUAAAUUCUUGACAGUGUAGCAGGUUAAUUUCUGGUUAGUAGGCAAUCACGGAUAUGAUUUUCUUUGUUACAAUGUGCUGAUCUGUUUUCAUCCAACAAAAGAGCUAUAGGAUUUUGAUCUGCAUAUACAAAUGACAGAGUCAAAGUACCUUGCAUUCUAAUUGUACUACUACAUUGUAUCCCCGACGGAUUAGUAAUUACUCACUGAC